AUGAGCGCCAUCUUAAGAUCAAGAAUAUUUCCAUCGUGGGCGAAAGUCCUUCAUGUAUCUCGUCCUACCCAUCGCUACAGAGAAUUAGGGCAAGGAUGGCAAUUACUAUGCAAACAGGGCUAUGCCGUUCAGGUUAGUAAUAACAUAGACAAGAAAUGUUUGGAUGUAACUUGGGAAGAUGGAGUAACAACAAAUUAUCCUCAUAUUUAUUUACGCGAUCAUUGCCGUUGUCCAUCUUGCUAUGAUCCACAAACCAAAUCGCGUGCUCUCUUUAAUUGUGUCUACAAUUCGUAUAUCGAUUGUAUUGCACAAGAUGCAAAUGUAUCAGAAAAUGAGAAAAUCAUCCAAGUCGAUUGGAAAGAUGAUAAUGAGCAUCCUGUUAGUCGUUUCCCGCUCGAUUGGUUAAGAGCUCAUCGCUUCUCCAAUGAUAACGAACUUAAAACGAUGAACCAAGUCUACAUUCAAGAUCGGCAUACAUGGGGUAAAGAAAUGAAAGACAACAUACCUAUUUUCGAUUAUCAAGAGUUACAUGAAAAUGAUCAAACAUUAUAUCGUUGGCUGAAACAUUUAACUACCAUUGGAUUAACCAUUGUCAGGAAUACUCCACAAGAAGUGGGUCAAGUUACUAAAUUGAUUGCAAGAGUGGGUUAUAAUCGUACAACAAAUUAUGGGCCAACUUUUCAAGUCAAGAGUAAAACAGAUGCUAGCAAUUUAGCCUACACUACUGGCGGCUUAGGAAUGCAUACCGAUUUGACUUACUUUAACUAUAUCCCUGGCAUUCAAUUUUUGCAUUGUAUUAAACGUGCCGGUGAAGGAGGUGAAAAUCAACUUGUUGAUGGCUUUAAAGUUGCUGAGGAACUUCGAGAUAAUGAACCUGAAGCUUUUAAAAUGCUUUCUAAAUACCCAAUUCAGUAUUUUGAUAUUGGUAAAGACUUUGUCGAUUUUCAUCAACUCGCUCAACAUACGAUUAUUCAAUUACAUUCAAAUGGUUCUAUAGCUCGAAUCUGUUAUUCAGAUCAUGCAAGAAGUCCUAAUUUAGCUGUACCACAAGAUAAAGUUAUGCCAUUUUACGAUGCCAUGGGUACUUUCUUGAAGUAUGUAUACGAUCCAAAGUAUAUGGUUAAUGUUACUUUGGAUUCCGGCGAUAUAGCAGUAUUCGAUAACUAUAGGGUCAUGCAUGGAAGGUCCCCAUUUUCUCUCGCUCCAAAUAGUCUACGACAUUUAGAAGGUGGCUAUGUCGACUGGGAUGAGGCUGCAUCACGUUUGCGCGUGCUAGAAGAGAAAUAUAAUAUCGAUCAUUUCACUGGAAUUGCUUAA